AUGGUCUCGGGCGCCGUGCUCUACUUGCAGGUGUUGGGCGUUCUACUGGGCUGGGGGAAGUCUGGCGGCGGCCCGCGGCUCGCCUUCGGCUGCGAGUUGGGCGCUGCGGGGAAACCGUGGUCCCUGGGCAUCUCUGAAGCGAGGGCUGCCUGGGUCACUUCCCGCGGCGACCGCGUGCUCCAGGAUGGUUUCGUGAGUCUCCGCGAGCGCGAGGAGGCCUUGGGAUGGGUGGCGUUCGCGCGCGGCGCCCUCGAGUAUGACGUGCCGUUCCUGGGGCCGCUGUGCCGCUUCGUCGCGGCGAGCGGGGACAUAGUGACGGUCGCAGGUUGGGAGGCCGCGGCGCCGGGAGAGGGCGGCGAUCCGCCGUCGACGAAACGAGCCCGUGGGUUCUACAUGGAGCUGGGCGUGGCGAACUGGGAUGGCCGUUGCAUUGCUUUGUGUUUCACCGACUCGCAGGUGGCGUCCAGAGUCGUGGAGAAGUUCAUGUCCACCAAGCUCGUGUUGUGCGUCGCGGCGAUGGAGCUGUCGGCCCAGCAGGAGGCGCGACGUGCCGACUUGGUUUCCGAAUGGGCCCCUAGAGGUUUGAAUUGCCAAGCCGACGAUCUCGCGAACGGCAUCCUUGAGAGCUUCGACGACAAGGUGAGGUUCCAGUGGCGCAUCAAAAACAUGGAGUUCCUGGUCAUGGGGCGCAUGCUCGACGAGGCGAUGGCCGUCAAGGUGGCGUUGGCCAAAGUACCCAGCAGCCCAGGAGGGUAG